CGAUUUUCUUUCACUAAAACCUUCUUAAACCCCCUGUGUGCCCAGCGGACUUGAGAGAACUAAAAACCCCACACCAAAAAUGACCAGUCGUCUUCUUAACUUCCGAUCAACGGCGACAGUCCGGAGGUUGUCUACGGCGUCUGCGGCCACAAUCACCAAACACAAACCCAAAAAUCUGUACCGAAAGCUGGACGAGCUGAAAAUCAAACCAGACUCUGCCACUAACAUAAGAGAGGCAAUUGAUGAAUGGGCCAACGAAGAAAAGCUCAAAAGGUCCGAUCUUCUUGACCAAAUCAACAUUUGCCGUAUCCGGAAGCACUACCAUAUUGCCCUUCAGCUGUCAGAAUGGCUGGAAAGUAGCGAACUUGAUAUGAAUGAUGUUGACCGAGCUCUACGGAUAGACCUACUUGCUAAGACUAGAGACAUACAGUCAGCAGAAAUGUACUUCAACAGUCUUCAGGAAUCUGCUAAAACAACCAAAACCUAUGGGUCGCUUCUCAACUGUUACAGCAAGGAAAAAUUGUUGGAUAAGGCUCUGGAACUCUGGCACAAGAUUAAGGAGCUGGGUUAUACUUCCACUUUGAACUAUAGCAAUAUGGCUGCUUUAUAUUUACGUGCUAAUCAGCCUGAACAAGUUCCUUUGCUCGUGCAAGAAAUGGAGCAGAAUAUGUUGAAGCCAAAUAUAUACAUAUACAAUCUGUUAGUAAACAGCUAUGCUGCUCAAAAGGAUUUAGAUGCAGUUGAGAAAGUUCUUGAAGAUAUGGCUCAGAAAGAUUUAAAAUGUGAUUGGUUCACCUAUGCAAAUCUGGCAACCAUUCACAUUAACGCCGGAAUGCACCCCAAAGCUGCAGGUUUUAUAUGUAAGAUGGAGGCGGAGAAAGUGCGUGCUCGUGAGAAAUUCCACACCCUCAUCAACCUGUAUAAAGAACUUUCUGAUUUGCCUGGAGUUAAUCGUACGUGGGAGGCUCUCAAGUCAGUCUUUCCUAUCCCCAAUAAGACUAGCUAUCUCGUAAUGAUUUUGGCUCUUUCCAAGUUGGGUGACCUGGAAAGCCUAUUGAAGUGUUUUGAUGAAUGGGAAUCUGUGCACUCCAAGUAUGAUUUGAAAGUAACUAAUGUGGUCUUGGAAGCUUACCUUCAGAGGGACAUGAUUGGGGAAGCAAAUGCUCUGUAUGAAAGUAUAGUGGCAAAAGGCAACAAACCAAAUUUAAGAACGAUGGAGUUGCUAACCUGUUAUCACAUAGAGAACUGCCAGAUAGAUUUGGCUUUGAAGUAUCUAGAGAUGGGUUCAGCUAAGGUUAACAGGGAGCAGGAUAAAUGGUUUCCCACUGACAAAACGAUACAGAAGUUUCUGGCGUAUUUUGAAGCGAGAAAUGACGCAGUUGGAGUUGAGAAGUUCUGUGACAUCAUGAAGAAGAUGGAUCGUCUUGACUCUGCAGUAUACGAGUCCUUGCUUUCUUCCCAGGGAGCUGCUCAGGUAGCAGGGCGUUGACUGUGUAGAAUCGAUGAAAUAGGGACUUUGAUUUAGAAUUAUGCUACAAAUAACAGGUGAGUAAUAUGAAGUACUCAUUCAUGGAUGCUUUUUUCUUGCAACAUCAUCUCUGAACUUAUAUUAUCUUAUGCAUGCAUUCUUUGACGAUGUUGUUUGUAGAUAUGAGGACUAAUGAGUGUUGUCAUGGGCUAGUGCUCAUUCCGUUUAGAGUUUGUUCCUUAGCAGACAUAGACAAAUUGAAUAAAAAUGACUAUACAAAAUCAGAGCAAAAUGACACAGAUCAUUGUUACUCUCUCCAUUCCAAAGUAAG